AUGUCGAUUAAUUCAUUGAACGGUCUCAUGUCGAGCUACUCGCGGUUGUCCGAUCGUAGCUCGGGUACCGACGACGAGAAGGAAGAGCAUAUGCGUCUGCGGGAUGUCGAGACCGGUGAGAAACAGGUCCGACGGGAGGAGAAGAAGUCUGGUCGUUUCAUUGACGGUCGCACCGUAUCCGACGCCAUCAUCGGUCUCUCCGAUGGCAUGACAGUGCCCUUUGCCCUCACCGCAGGCCUGUCUGCUCUUGGAGAUACCAAGGUCGUUGUCUUCGGUGGUAUGGCCGAGCUCAUUGCAGGUGCCAUCUCCAUGGGCCUCGGUGGAUACCUUGGAGCCAAGAGUGAAGAAGAAUCAUACAAGGCUACACUGAAGGAGACUCAAUCGCAAACCGUGACCGAUCCUGGUUCCGUCUCUGCCACGAUCUCCGACAUUUUCGAGCCUUAUGAGUUGCCAUCGGAGCUGGUGGCCCAACUCACCAACCACCUGGCUGUCUCGCCAAUGCUCCCUUCAUUCCUCAUGAACUUCCACCACACCCUCUCCGAACCCUCAGAAUCUCGAGCUGUCAUUUGCGCCCUCACCAUCGCCCUGGGCUACUUCAUCGGUGGAUUUGUACCUCUGGUACCUUACUUCUUCGUCGGUCCCCACGAUGCAUUCGUCGCUUUGCGCUGGUCCAUUGCAACAAUGGUCGUUGCUCUAUUCCUCUUCGGGUACGGUAAGACGUGCUUCGUCAGUGGCUGGAAAGGUCGAAAGAACGUCCGCAAGGGAUUCAUCGGAGGCGUGCAAAUGGUUCUUGUCGGAGGUAUUGCUGCUGGCUCGGCGAUGGGAUUGGUCAAGGCCUUCCAGAUGAUGGCUCAAGGCGAUCACCCCGACCACCCCAAGCAAGAUUGA